AUGAAACUCUCUGACUUAAAAUUUGUCGGCAAAAAGCCUCCACCGGACCUGACUAAGACUCAAUUACUUCGUAAUCGUGUUAAAACUUUUUUGGAAAGCACUGAAAAAGCCGAACCUCCUACAGAUUUUGAAAAUCCAAAUGAUGGUGACCGUCAAAUAGAGCUGGAUAUAUUUCUUCCCAAAUCACAAGGAGAUAACGGCCUGCAGUUGCCACUUGAAAACCUAUCCGACGAUGAAAGCAGUGACAGUUCAUCUACUUCAUCUGAUAGCGACGUCGAAUCUAUAAAAGAGCACACAUACGGUCCUAUGGUCGAGGAAAUCGACUCCUCUGAUGAUUUGAUUCAUGACGAUAAUGGAUGUAGUAUUUCUGAUGAAGAAUUUGGAAGUGACAAUAAUUCGAAUGAAGCUUGUGGGAAUCAAACGCCACCACUUCUUGUUUCUGACAAUAACCAGGACAGUUAUCUCGAUCCUCGCUUAUCUGUCUUGGUAAACGCUUUGCUUUCUCCUGAGUUUAUUGAGAGUGAAUUUCCAAAAUCUAAACAGCCACUUAUUGAGGAGGUCUUGUCGAAAGUUGAAGUACCGUCUAACUCGGAUGAUUCCCCUCCUCCAAAACGCUUGAAAACGGAUAAUUGUGAUUAA